AUGGACGUGUCAAAUCUACUAGGCCAGGCUGUGGACGUUGCGCAGGACAAAAUCGUCAAGCUUCUCCGCGUCCGUUCCGAGCAGAGCACUCAUCUAUCACUGGUCUGGUUCCUCCGAUACUUCACCCUUAACCUCUACUUUGCCAAUGAGUGCGAGUCGAUAUCUGGGAGAAGCGGCACAACGCUCAAGACAGUCGUCAACGGGCAAAUCAAAGAUUUCGUGCAGCAGCAUGGCGAUGCGGAAAAGCAGAAGCUUGCUCAGGGCAUGGAGUCAGACCAAUGGAAUGCGAAGGAUUUUUCCGAAAAAGACACGGCUGCGCUCGAUAGGAUCCUCUCCUGUAGCACAAAGGAUCCAGCUGAGUGGUCGGACGGUCUCAAGAUUUGGAUUCCGUACUCGGAUCACGAUUCUGAGUCCAAUGGUGUGGAUGAUCCUCAGCCAAACGGUAGCAGCAAGGCUAAGACCCGGAGCGCAACUAUCGAUGAAGAGGUCUUCGUCCUUCCCAACUCCGCAGUUCUUUGCAUGGAAGGCUUGUCCCACUUUUUACAGCUGGUAGUUGGUAUCCCGUCCAUGACCUCCGACAUUGGUGCUUCGCUGGUCUCCUACUUGCAGCUGUUCAAUUCGCGUUGCACGCAGCUCAUCCUAGGCGCGGGGGCCACUCGCUCUGCUGGAUUGAAGAAUAUCACUACGAAGCAUCUGGCUCUUGCAUCUCAGGCACUUGCCUUCAUUGCGACUCUGAUUACCUAUGUCCGCGAGUUCAUCAGGCGGCAUGCUGGAUCUGGAGCCGCCACGUCAGGUCUCAUGGGCGAGUUUGAUAAGGUCAAGCGUCUGUACCAAGAGCACCAGAACAGCAUCUAUGAUAAGCUAGUCGAGAUCAUGAGUGGCCGCGCAGCAUCACACGUGAAGGCCAUGAAGAACAUCGACUGGACCAACGGCCAGAGCGGCGUCCACUCGUACAUGGAGACGCUGGCGAAGGAGACAACCACGUUGCAUCGCAACCUGACCAAGAAUCUGCCAGAGGGCACCGUCCGCCUGAUCAUGACGCCGGUGUUCAUCAGCUACAAAGAUCAGUUCGGCAGGGUGUUCCAAGGGGCAGAUCCAAGGACCGAAACAGGUCGGGAUAGCAUGCUACGUGACGUGGACUUCUUCCAGGCUAAGCUCGGCAAGAUUGACGGGUUUGGUGAUGCUGGGGAAUAUUUGACUACAAUUAUCAAAUCCAAGAAGAUCGCCGCGCCAGCCGCCGCUCCCCCUGCCGAAGCGCCCGCCGAAGCGGAAGAGGAGCAGACCGAGGAGAGGACGGAUUCAGCCGAGACAAAAGAUGACUCCGAAGACAAAGAGCCGAAGGGGGAGGCAGACAAGACAGAGGACAAGGAUGCCGCCAAGGAGGAGCCAGACCCGGAAGCAAAGUAA